AUGUUGGCGUUCAUUCUUUGGGUCCUUGCAUUGACCCUUCCAGUGCAGAGCACGAUUGACAGUAGCUGCACCGCGUUCACCAGUAAUGGGGCCGCCAGCAGUACAUUUCUGAACUACCGCUUCUAUGACUUCCGCAAUAUCUACAGCUCGAGCUCGGGCUCACAGUCGUCUUUCAGUGGAAAUGCGAAGACGGUGGCGGACAGCUCAUGGACGAAGGAUUGGUACAUCCGUAAUUACCCCAGGAAGAGCCCCGGGUGGCCAGUUAUUCCGGUGGAUUUUAUUCCACAGCGUGUUACCAUCACAAAUAGUACCGACAACUCGUCCGACUACUCUACAUACCUGACGCUCAGCUCGGCUCGAAUCAAUGAGGAAACCCAGGAAGGCGGCGAGAUCACCUACUUCAACAUCUCCUAUGCAUCACUUCGGGUGAUGGGUCGCGUCUACGGCACGCGCGGGGCGUGUGCCGGCAUAUUCACGUAUCUCAACGAUACCCAAGAGUCGGACAUUGAGAUGUUCACAGAGGAUCCCCACAACUAUGUGCAUUACUCAAACCAGCCUUCGUCCACCGGUGCUCCCAACUGGGCGCCCAUUCCCGGGGCGACGGUCAAUGUGAGCAUGCCGGGCGGCCGGCAAUGGACCGACUGGCAUAUUCAUCGACUGGACUGGACGCCGGGGCGGAGCGUCUUUUUCGUCGACGGAAUCCAGACGAACACGACCACCCUGCAAGUCCCGUCGCCUCAGCCGCCGAGCGGGUUCUACCUUGACAUGUGGGGGGCGAACUCGACAUGGGUUGGAGAGAUGCCGGUCGGCGGAGAAGCCUGGUUUGACAUUCAAUGGGUUGAAAUGCUGUUCAAUACCACAGUCGACUCCUCACCGCCACCGGCAGACCCGAAGCUGUGCGCUCCCAAUGUGGACGACACAACGGCCACAACGGCAGCAACGAAACCAACGAGCACAACGUCUUGGGGCGUUCGGUUGGCAAGCAUGGACGGCAGCAGCUUGGCGCUCUGGUCGCUGCUUGUAAUUCUCAUGGUUAACUAUUAG